CAAAAAACAUUCUCGAUCAUUACUCAUCUUUUGGUUUAGCCCUAAUCUCUGCUGAAACACAAUUCAAUUUCACGCACAUGCACACAACCAGAUCUAGAUUGAUUUGGUCUCCAACAUAAAAAAGUAAGAGAAAGGUAAGAAAACACCAGAGAAUUUUUUCCAGAGGUUCACCCAAAAUUUGGGUUACGUCCCAGUUGAGCUGCUCCUUAGAUUGGUAGCUCGAUUCCACUAGUAAUCAACAUAUCAAAGUUACAAGAUGGAGAUUCUAAGUUACAGAAGAGGCUGAAGGCAGAUUUAGGGUCUUAAUUUAUUGGACAAAGGCUGCCCCGGCGUGCUUGCAAACGGAGGUCAGGUGGAUGUCCAUUCCGUACUCCGCCGUGGUCUUAAAGCCCUGUACUCGUCCAAUCCUUUAAUCGUUUCAAGAAGCACAAAUGCUGGGCAUUUCUUACGGAGAGCUAUUCCUAUUGAUUGGAGCCACCGCUGCACUUGUUGGGCCAAAGGAUCUUCCAAUUAUUGCCAGAACUCUUGGGAGAUUUGCGGGUCGUUCAAUUGGAUAUGUACAAUUAGCUCGUGGGCAAUUUGAAAAUGUCAUGUACCAGUCCCAAGCUCGUCAGGUUCACAAAGAACUUCAAGAAACAAUGUCUCAACUUGAGGCGAUUCGCCAUGAAAUCCGAAGCAUAUCUUUUAUGAAUCCUAGUCCUUUGACUAGGAAUUUGAUGGACACUGCACUUGAUCCCAAUAAUCAUGUUAAUGCUGGUGAGACUUUGGUUGAGAAGAGUGUGGAAGAGCAGAAGCCAAUAGUGAAGGAUAAUAGUUUCAAAACCUCAUCUUCAGUCGAUUUGCAUUCUCAAGCAACUUCCUUUGCAAAAUUGGCCGAAUCUGAAGCUGUUCAGAACAUUUCUCUAAAAGGGAAUUUAGAGAAAGUGAAGUUUGAUUAUGAGGUUGGUCAUUUUGCAGUUUUGCCUGUUUCAGCUGAGUCUGCUGGAUUGCUUCCGAAUCGAAAGGAGAAUAAUAUAAAAGGAUCAGACAUUAUGUUGGAAGCAGAGCUUGAAGCAGAAGUUGCUCAUAAUGCCAAAGACUUCUUUUCCCAGCCACAAAAUCAACUACCCUAAAUUCAAUCAGCUACAACUCAGUACUCGCAAAAAAGAUGAAAGAAACUAAGAGCAUGUUUGGUAUUGUUUUCUGUUUUUUGUUUUAAAAAAUUAUUUUUAGAAAUGAGAACAAAAAAUAGUUUUUGAAGUUUUUAAAACACAAGUCACGUUUGGUUAGUGAUUUUUAAAAACAAUAUAGACCAAAAGUGAAUUGGUUUUUAAAACAGAAAACAACAUUUUGUUAUUUUUAAAAUUCUUAUUUUUUGUAACUUUGUUUUCUGAAAACUGUUUUUAAAAAACAAGGCCAAACAAGCCAAAUUGUUUUUAAAAAUAAUUUUCUGUUUUUAAAAACAAAAAAUAUUUUUUUAGUUAUGAUGCCAAACAUGCACUAAAAUGUUUGCCUUCAUUUUUGUCGAAUGUGUGCAUAUUAAACAGACUUUGUCCUUUGUCUUCAUGAUUGACUUUAUAUUUAGGAUCCAUUUGGUUAGAAGAGGAAUGAGAAUGAGAAUGUAAUUAAUUUUAAUAUGUCUCCAAUACAAUACCAUACAAAAAAAUAACAAAUUAUGUUUCUUUGUUGUAAAA